AUGAGCUCAAAUGAUGAUCUUUCCAGGUUUGUGAUAUCAGAAAAUGAUUUUGAAAUAGGCAAACUCCUUGGAAAAGGCUCAUACGCUCAUGUCUUUGCUGCUAGAAGCAAGACAACAAAAGAAAUUUUUGCAUUAAAGAAAUUUCAUUCAAAUUUCACAUCAAAGAAGAACAGAAUGAUGUUUGAGCGUGAGGUAAGCGUAAUGGCUAAACUCAUCCACUCAUGCGUUCUUGGUUUACGCGGAUAUUUUCUACCUCCACCAGAAUCGGAUUUAUGUCCAUUGAUUUUGAUGGAUUACAUGAAAAAUGGCGAUUUAUUUACAAUUCUCGUUAAAGAGUCUAAAAAUAAAGUGCAAUUAGGCUGGGAUAAUACGAAAAGAAUGAUGAACGUAUUUGGCAUCGCAUAUGGCAUGGCACACAUCCAUGCAUGUGGUGGAAUUCAUCGUGACUUAAAGCCAGCAAAUAUUAUGUUAAAUGAAAAUUUCGAACCAAAAAUUGCCGACUUUGGCUUAGCAAAAAUCGAAGAAGAUAAUAAUCUACAAUCAAUGAUUGGCGGAUCUCCAUUCUGGAUGGCUCCAGAACUCUUCCUUGGAGAACAAUAUACAAAUAAGGUUGAUGUUUACGCAUAUGGCGUUCUCUUAUACCAGCUGCUUACAGAUUUAAUACCAUUCGAUGGCAAAAUAACUACAAUUGCCCUCGGAAAGAAAAUUACUUCAGGAGAAAGACCUCCAAUCCCAGAAACGCUUCCAACAUUCUAUUCUGAAAUAAUUACCGCUUGCUGGGCACAGGAACCGGAAAGUAGACCAACAUUCGAGCAAAUUUAUCGACAUAUACUUGAAGCUACGGACUAUUUUCCAAAUACAAAUGUAAUGGAAUAUCGCAGCUACGUUGCCAAGGUCAUGAACGGUGACAACAAUACAUUCACAGGUUCAAUCGGCGAUCCAUUUAAAGUAGGAAUGUCUUUAUACGAGAAAGGCGAUUAUCAAAACGCCAGUGUCGAGUUCGAGAAGGCAGCAAGAAGCAACAACAUAGAAUCUUUAUACUACUUAGGUAAAAUGAUCAUUGAUGGAAAAAUAAACAAUUAUGAUAAAAUUCAAGGCAUCAAAUUCCUCAAAAAGGCAGCAGAAGGCGGUCACGCGGAAGCCCAGUAUGAAUGCGGUAUGGCUCUUUACAAAGGAGAAGACGUUGGCUGCAAUAAAAUUAUGGCCGCAGAAUUUUUCAAACAAGCAGCCAAAUCUUACCUUCCAGGCGCUAUCAUUAUGCUCUCUAAAAUGCUUCUCGUCGGAGAUGGAGUCGAAAUGAGCAAGGCAAAAUCUAAAAAAUUAUUACAAAUUUUGGCAGAUAAACAGAACGUGGAAUGCGCAUUCAUUCUUGGCAAGUAUUCAUAUACUGGAGAGUUUGGAGAAAAAGAUUUGGCUACCGCGGAAAAAUAUCUCGAAUUUGCAGCAAAUUCUGGCAAUUCAGAGGCCAAAGCACUAUUAGACCAAAUAAGAAGGGAGAAACAACCACCGAAAUCAGCAGAUUUCCAAUUUCCAGCUCAAACUCAGACAUUUUCUCAAAAUCCAUUCUUUGCAGCUCCAUCUUAUAAUCCACCACCUCAACAGACAUUACAACAAGUCCCUCCACCCAUGAGCCAACAACCAGAUUUCGGAUUUGGCCGUCUUUCGAACGUUCCUCCUUAUUCUAGCUCUGCCAAUCCAUUUUCACCGGCCAUGUUUGCUCCAAAUGCAGCGUCAUUUGCUUAUCAGCAGAAUAUUACGCCAAAUCCUCAACCAGAUCCAUAUCAAAAUAAUCAAAACGCAUUUUCACCUCCUCAAUCCCAGGAUCCGAUGUUUUCUGCACAGCCACCGACAAAUCCAUAUGGACAACCACCAAAUGCAGUACUUUCUCAGCCAAAUGCUCCUCAAUUUGAUCCAUUUGGAGUAAAAUCACCACAAUCAACUCCAUUAUCACCAGCUCCUCAACAACAACAGUCAUUUACUCCGAAAUCCACUCCAGGACAACCCGUUUUCCUCAAUUUCGGACAACAAUCCCAGCAAUCUUCUCAAUUAAACUUUUCCUUUCUUAGCGGACAGAGGCAAACAUCACAAGAGACAUUAAUACAGACUCCUCCACCUCCAGCAGAGACCAGAUCUCCUCCAAAAUCUACUUCUCAAACAAAUCUUUCAUUUGACAUUUUCCAGAAUUCCAUGAACCCACCAAGUCCAUCAAUAUCCAAAUCUCCAUCCCAGGAGAUCAGCCAAAGCUUAAUUUUGAGCUCAUCAAAACAAUUAUCUCCUGAACUCAAGAAGAAAGCCGAAUCAGGAGACAUAAAUGCGAUGUACGAGUACGCUUUAAUACUUGCUGCAGAGUCAAACAAGUACAGCGCUCAACAAUCCGCAAUUUACAUGAAAAAAGCUGCCGACAAGGGCCAUUUAGAGGCCAAAUACCAAUGUGGCAACUACCUUGUCCGCGGAUUUGGCACGAAACAAGACUUAUCAAAGGCUGCGAUCUACUUUUACGAUGCGGCCAAAAAUGGUCACUCGGGCGCAAUGCUUGAAUGCUCUAAUUUCCUUUCCAACGGUAUGGGCGUUAAGAAAGAUCUCCGAAAAGCCGCUUACAUGUGCAAAUUGUCCGCGGAAUCCGGAAAUGUAGAAGCAAUGUACACUUUUGCCAACAUUGUAAAGAACGGACAAGGCGUACAAAGCAACAGUGUUGAUGCCCAUUCAUCGUUUGUCUUGGCUGCCGACAGAGGCCACGUAAAAGCGAUGUUAGCUGCUGCAUAUUACAUGUGGACUGUUGAAAAAGACCUUCCAAAGGCCUUAAAGUACUACAAGAUGGCCGCUGACCAACAGGACUGCGACGGAUUAAGUUCCUACGGCCAUUUCCUUGCAGAAGGCCUUGGAUGCAACAAAGAUCCAGUGAAAGCAGCAGAAUGCUUCAGAGCGGCCGCUUUAAUGGGAUCUACAUUAGGCAUGUACAACUACGCCGUCACUCUACAGACAGGAAAUGGUGUAGAAAGGGACAUUACUUCCGCUGCAAAGUUCUAUAAAAUGGCCGCAGACAGAGGUGAUGUAGAUGCAUGCAUACAUUACUCACAGUUGCUGGCAACAGGAUGGGAAGGGAACCAGAAGGACUUGCAGCAGAGCGCAAACUACGCAAAGAAGGCUGCAGACUUAGGAAAUCCAAGAGGAAUGUUCCAGUACGGAAAAAUGCUGUGGUACGGAACAGGUGUUCAGAAGAGGGACCAACAGACAGCGGCUUCUUACAUUAAGGAGGCUGCUGCUCGCGGAUAUAGUAGAGCAAUCGAUUUCUGCAGAGAAGCAAACAUUUAA